AUGGAUGCCUCUCCUGCCCCACCCGCGCCUGAUGUUGAGCUGUCUGCCGGAGACGCGGAGAGUGAGGAGGGCUGGCAGACAGUCGUGAGAAGACAGCAUCGCUCCUCCCAGCCUGCCAGUGAUUCUUCCUCACGGGACGCUCGCCCCUCGGCACCCCUCUCGCCCCAGCCCUCUCUGCCCCCACGACCUCAACCCACGCCCGCACCUUCUGCUGCUCUCCACGCUCCGCUUCCAAAGGUGCUGAUUCCGGCGACUCCUGGGUUCGAGUCGACCCUGGACCUCGCCGAGGCACUGGAGAUGCAGCUCCAGACCCGCCUCUCUCUCAAGUUUCUCGAGUCGGGCUGUGUCCUGGUCACCCCUACCGACCGACACCAGCACGAUGCUCUCCUCGGGGUGAAGGAGGUCUCCGGUGUCCCGGUGUCACUGCGUGUGGCUCCUGGUGCGAACACCAAGGGGGUGCUGCUGGCAUACCCUGUGGCCAUGCCCCUGAAGCCCCUGUUGCGCCAUCCCCGCGUGCUGGAGGCGGAGCGAUGCUCUACUCGGGACGGGCCGACGCGCCAGGUGUUCGUCACCGUCGCGGGGCCGCUCCCGGGCACACUGGACUUGGGGAGCUGGGUUGUUUUUUACACUCGCCCAUACAACAGGGAACCGCUCCGCUGCUACAACUGCCAGCAGUUCGGCCACCAUCGUGCGAGGUGCACUCGCCCCCCAGUGUGUGGCAUAUGCUCGGCCGGCCACGAUACGGAGCGGUGCCUGACGAAGUACAAGGCCGGCCAGGACGUCACCAGCAAGUGCCCCAACUGCCACCAGGAACACCACGCCUGGAACAAGACCUGUGCCAACCGGCGGGUGCUGGUGGACCAACAGCGCGCAGUCCAACAGCGCUGGGUCGAAACUCAUCGGCCUGCUCCACCAGGCACCUUCCGCUGGGGCAGCCAGCAGCCCCCCGUGUCCGCAGUGCCUCCACCUGCGCAGCAGGCACCUCCCGCACCCUCUCCCCCAGCUCCAUACGAGGUGAGCUUCCCUGCCCUCACUCCUCACCAUCAGCCACCUCCUCUGCCGGCCCAGCCCACGCCUGUGCCCGCCGUGCCGCCUCGCGCUCCCGCUCCCCGUGCUCUCGCCGCUCCGUCUCACACUCCCGCUCUCCAUCCCCCGCCCGCUCUGGCUCCCGUUGCUGCUCCUCCUGGCUGCCUCAUCAUCACGAGGGAGGUGAUGGUGGGCCUUCUGGAGGGCUUCGGGAGAAUCAUUGCUACGGCACUGAAGUCAGACGUGGAGCCGCGGGUUUUCUCAGACGCGGCCAAAGAGGUGGUAGGCAGCCUCUUCCCUGUACAACCGGCCCCGACGUCUGCACCCCCGCCAGUGCAGCAGACACCCGCGCUGGUGACCCCCAAGCGCGCAGGUCCCUCUGUGCCCCAAGUGACACCACUGCCCCUCCGUCCCGGUCAGACCACUCAGAUGGCACCGCCGCCUCCUCUCGCCUCCCGUUCCGCGGGCGUGCUGCUGGGCUGCCCGUUGCCGCCCCGAGACCCGCGCACCAGGAAGACGUCCAUGUAG